AGUUCGGCGAGUCUGCGUAUCGAGGUGCUUUAAGGCGACUUUAAGAGAGUGGCGGCUGACCGCGUUUAUUUUUGGGCCGAUUGGUGUUUAAUUUUCGGGCCCGGAGGAUGAGCGGUGAGGAGGCGAACGCCGAUUUCCACGAGCAGCUGCGGCUGCAGCGGCUGCUGGAGGGCGGAGAGGCCGAGGAGGCGUGGGGCCGCACGAGCACUUUCGUGGACGCGGAGGGCACCGAGUUCGAGUGGGACUGGGAGAGGAAAGCCUGGUUCCCCAAGAUCACUGAAGAUUUUCUUGCAACAUAUCAUGCAAACUACGGUUACGUUGAAGAGGACCCUGAGAACAGUGGCAAUUCCACCACUGAAACCCAGAAGACAGCAGCCAUUCUGCAAAAGUCUUCAGGAGAUAAUGCAGCUCAAGGGGAUCCUAAAGAAACAAAGCAAAAAGGAGAGAAAAGAAAAGUGGACAUCGGCUGGAUUGACGUUGAGGAGCAGAGGAACACAAAUGUGUACGUGUCUGGGUUGCCUCCAGACAUAACACAUGAUGAAUUUGUGGAACUCAUGUCAAAAUUUGGAAUCAUUAUGCAAAACCCUGAAACAGAAGAAUACAAGAUUAAAUUAUACAAGGACAAAGAUGGAAAUCUCAAGGGGGAUGGUCUCUGCUGCUACUUGAAGAAAGAAUCUAUCGACCUUGCUGUCAGAUUUUUGGACGAAACUGAAGUGAGAGGAUAUAAGCUACAUGUAGAAGCUGCAAAGUUUGAGAUGAAAGGACAGUAUGAUGCCAGCAAAAAGAAGAAGAAAAGCAAAGAUUACAAGAAGAAGUUGCUUCUACAGAAAAAGCAGCUGGAUUGGAGACCAGAAAGAAAACCUGGUAGUUCCCGAUUACGAUGUGAACGAGUCGUAAUUCUUAAGAACAUGUUUCAUCCAAAGGAUUUUGAGGAGGAUCCAUUGGUUUUGAAUGAGAUCAGAGAUGAUAUUCGGCUAGAAUGUGAAAAAUUUGGUCAAGUCAAAAAAGUACUUGUAUUUGAUCGACACCCUUCUGGAGUAGCCUCGGUGGCAUUUAAGGAACCAGAGCAAGCAGAUCAGUGUAUCCUGAUGCUUAAUGGAAGAUGGUUUGGUGGACGCCAGAUAACCGCUGAAACAUGGGAUGGUAUUGUUGAUUAUCAGAUUGAAGAAACUGUAAGGGAAAGAGAAGACCGAUUGAAAUCAUGGGAAUCAUUUUUGGAAAAUGACGUAUCCACAGGCAAGUCUGCUGAUGACCAGAAGAACCCACAGGCAAGUAGCCAAGCAUCAUCAGAAGCCUCAGCUCCUCCUGAGGAUGGCACAAAACUACCUGAGGACAAUAGAAAGCAAUCAGCAGACAGUUUAACACCUUCACAAGAUGAUGAAAAACGAUCAGUGGACACUGUAGCGCCUUCAGAGGACAAUACCAAAACUACAGUGGACAAUGCAGUGAUUUCUGGAGACAAUAAACAACAAGAUGUGAUUGAUUCUAUGCCUGAUGUAGAAAAGGCAGAAGAGAAGUGGAUUGAAGAAAAUUUAUCCACGGACAGCAGCAUCGAUGGAAGUGACGAUGAUGCGGAAAAGCAAUGAGUUCUUAUUGGAACCUUGCUUUUAAAUGAUUGCAUACUCAUUUUUAGGUGAAAUAUUGUAGAACGUGGCUGAACAUCAGGUGUGCAAUUUUUUAAUUGUGAAGUUGACUGCUUUAAUUGAAAGAAGCUUUAAUAUAGUUAACAUUUGGUGUCAGACAUGUAUUUAAGAAUUGUGCCGUUUUAUGCUCAUUUGAGAGAAACCUUUCCUGUUCUAACUCCUCAUCUACUGACUUCAAUAACAGUUCUUCUCUGUUGGAAAUGCAUCUUGGGACAAAAAUGCAAAUAGUUCUCAAGUUAACAUUUUCUUUGCAGUUUCUUCUUUCUUUUACAAUCCUGCAAUCCUCCAAAACACUCUUCUGACUGUUUUGCUUACCAAGUGCCAGCUGUUGUUGGCUAUGCCAUCCAAAUCACAAUGUAUAGAGAAAUUGACAAACUCCAGUCACAUGAGAUGCUGCAGCAGAGUGCAAAGCUUUCCAUUUGAUAUCUCACACCAUCUGUCAUUGAUGUUCCUAGUAAUAGGAACCAGAAGUGGUAUUUUUCCCUUAACUGUGUCUCUUCCCAUCUUGGCUGUACUUAAACAGUUGAGUUUAUUGAAUUCACAGGGCCACAAUGUGUAAAAACAAUGGACGGGAGGUAAUCCACUUAUGCAUUCAGCUUGUCCCACGUACAUAUGUUAAUAUAUACACUCAACUAAGUACCUGAAGCCUGUAAUGUUCUGGGAAAGGCAAAAAUGUUAAAACCAUGUUAAAUUUAUAAUGGGAAGGGGCUUUCUCAAUGGGACGACAGAAACUUUUCCUAAUCUGAAUGAACAGAAGUGUGAUUGUACACUGUGGCUCACAUUAUUUGGAGGGGGAGUUCUGGAAUAUGGUCAGUGCUCUAGGCAGCCUACACUUAGGAUUUCUUCUAAAAGUGGUGAAAUUAUUCUCUCUAUAAAUGUGCACUCAGGAAACAUCCUGUUUCUUUUAAAAGAUGUGAAUAACCCCCUAGAUAUAUUUGGAACAAACUGGAGGUAGCUGAUUUCAUUGGGCAGAAGAAACCAUAAUGGCAGUGAACCAUUCCCUAUACUUUGCAUCAUGAGUAUUGUGUGUUGUGUGUAAUCUAAAAUUUAAAAAAAAUGGAUGUUAGGCCCUGGUGAUUUAAGUUACUGAACGAUGUUUAGGAUUUAAAAGUACAUUGUUUCAUCAGACCUGGAUACAUUUAUUAAAUCAAAAUAUUAAUAUUUGUAAGGUUCCAGAGAUUUGUUGACUUGCUUAGAAACUUCGGGUAGCUGUCUUAUGGACAGAUUCUGCGCUUGCUCUAAAUUCCCCAAACUGUUUGUUUCUCUACAUUUUAUCUGCUUGAAAUCUAUUUACGUGAUGUGACCAUUUCAUGCAUUGCUUCCUGCUUCAGGUUUUUAUAGAACGCCUCUUCUGAGAUGAAUUCUUUAACUAUUUCACUGAGCUGUAGGGUGAAAAUACAUUUAAAGUAACUGUUCUGCGUGUGAUCAGUUUCAAUAAGUUUCAUCAUGUUAUGGUUUAACUCUCAACUUACUGAAAUAACUCCAGAAAAUGCUAGAAAUACACACCAGGUCUGACUGCAUUGCUGAAGAGAAGGGUGGGGGGGGGGGAAAUGUCAAUGUUUCCGGUCAUAAUUUAGUCGGGGAUAGCAAGAACUGCAAAUGCUGGAGUCAGAGUCAACACUGUGGAGCUGGAGGAACAGCAGGUUGGGCACUAUCAGAGGAGCAGGAAAAUUUAUAUUUUGGGUCAGAACCCUUCUU